AUGCCGCGCGGCGGGAACGCGGCCGCGUCGUCGUCGUCGCCGGCGCCGGCGCCGGGCGACGGCGGCGGCGUCGUCAUUCCGGGAAUCAACGACGGCACCCUUCACGGCGGCGACACCGUGUUCUACCUCGGCGCGCACGACGACGCGAAGGAGACGCACAGGGUGAAACCCGUCUGCGGUACGGCGUUGAUGUUCAGGCACGGCGCCGCGUGCGCGCCGCACGCGUCCGAGGCGGUGCAGCGAGGAAUUAAAAUCGUAUUGCGGUCCGACGUCGUUUUCAACUGA